UCACACGUAAUCGGUAUUUUAAGGAAUCCCACUCUUCCACUCGAUAACCAUGUAAUUCAUGGAAAAAAGUCAAACUUUCUCGUGUUAACCGUUAUCUGUCCAACAGUGCUGAAUAGUUUUAAGAACCAAAUAAUCAUGAAGUUUCGCUAUAAGUUAGUCUUUGUGCUGAUCUACUUGAAAGCCUGUUCCAAUGCCCUGGCACAGUUAACUAAUUCAACUGAAAUAAAUUCAUCAAGCAGCACGGAGGAGUUAAUAAAUCAAACGUUAUCAGAGACCUCAUUACCAGUAUCUUUGGCACCGGAUCCCACAACAGAAUCAACAAUUCCCAGUAGUAGUCUUCGGCCAUCAGGCCUACCUGAUUUGAAUUCUUUGCAGAAGGAAUCUCAGCCCGAAGACUGUUCUCAGCGAGAAAAGUAUAGGCUACAGCCGGUGGCCAGGGACUCGUCACGAUUGCGCAAAUGUUGUCCCAUCGGCGAGAACUUGGAUAUUUACCGAGAGAACCAGAGUGAUUCUAUGUGCGAUAACGAGGUGGUUAAGUUCGAGCCAACUAUAAUUAGUGCCGUGUUGUUCGAUAACUGCAUUGAGGAUCUGGAGAUACCGACUACACUCCCGUACGACAUUGGCAACCCCUGCAACAGCUCUCUGCUCUACGAGGGUGGCGAGGAUGUGUUCUUUGUGCUCCAGGACGGAUCCCUCCUAAUCAUCGACAAGUUCGGAAACGACUCCUACACGGUGGAGAAGAACUACUGCCUGGAUAUUGACAAAUCGGGGCAACUAUUCGCCUUCACAUGCAUCACCCAGGUGGAGGACAAGAUUGCGUUCGCAAAGGUGAUCUUUGUGGCCGUGUUGAUGCUGAUAUCCAUGCCGUGCCUGCUUCUGGUCAGUUACUUGCACAUGUCCCUGAAAUUACUGAGAAACCUGCACGGGCUCUCCCUGAGCCUGAUGUCCUUGUGCCUGGCUUCCGGCUACUUUGUGCACUCGGUGGUGCACAUUUACUCCGUCCCCAACACGGGGAUCAUCGGCUACGUCAUCCAGUUCUUCAUCCUCAGCUACUUCUUCUGGUACUUUGUGGUCUGCUUCAACGUCCUCCUGAAUGUGUGGUACAAGCUGCCCUGCCGCGUUCAGCUGUCCAAGUCCUGGGCCACCUUUAACUUUUCGUGUUAUUGCUUCUUCGCCAUUGCCGGACCCUCUUCCAUAGUGGCGCUCACGGUCCAAAAAGGUCUGCCCGGCAUGCCCUCGUACUUCCUGCAGGGACUCACAGAGUCCAUAAGGGAUUCACAGCGUUACUUUAUACCUCCGGUGUCCACCAUCCUGUUUCUCAGCUUUUUGAUAAACAUAUUAUCCUUCUUCGGGUUCCAACGCGUGAAUGGCUAUACUCUGACAGAGAAGAAGGACCAAGGACAGGACCAAGUCCAGAGCACUAGAAUGUUUGACCAGCAGAAGUUCGAAGAAGUGAAAAAGGAUGCCAAGUGCGUCUGCCUUCUGGGAAUAAUCCUCAUCAUAAGCUGGCUCCUGGAAAUAGUCACCUUCUACUCCAGCUCCAACUCAAACUACCUCCUUCUUUGCGACAUGGUGAACGGUCUGCAAGGGGUUUGGGUUUUAUUGAUCUUCCUGGUGGUGCGAAGACGUCGCACCAUAAUAAUGCGGUGGUGGCGCGAUCGGGGCUCUCACGAAAUCAAUGCCACUGAGAUGCAGGAACUACGCAAAGACGCCAAUCCCACGUAAACUCAAAAACUCAUUCGAUUGCUUGCUUGGCAAGCCUACAUUCCAAAGAGAAUAAACUUUCGGAUAUAGUAUACAAGUUGCAACCAUUAUUUAAUUAUUUUAGAAUAGAGAAAAAAUCACCGAAAUACCAAUGCCAAGUUGAGACGCCUUUUUAUAUAUAUGCAUAUAAAUGGUUGUUUAUUUAGACUUAUGUAUAUAAUUACUAAAUGUUUGUUGUCACUUUUAUGGUCAUAUAAAGUUAAAUAGUCCGUUAAUUGUUAGAAUGAUUUACCAACUAUGCUAGUAUGCUAAUAUUCCUAAAGGAAAUGUGUAAUUACUUGGGCGGUCUGAACCAAAAUGAGCCUGCUUUUCGUAUGUUUUUAUUUUUGUUUUCUUUUCUAGUAAAAUGCUAUUAAUGUUUG